GCACAUUCCGGGGACAAACACAUUAGCUGUUGUAAAUAGUUUCAGCAAAGUUUUCUGCCAUUCAUUGAUUUUAUCGAGGACACACCAUAGCAGAAAAAGCCCAAGCCAUGGAUGUUGGGGUCACAGUGCUGGCAGCAGUGGCACUGCUGACUCUGGCUGAUGCUCAGCUGCCGAAGCCGGCACGGGCCCCUCCGGUUCUGCACAAGCCUUUCAUGGUUGUUUGGAACGCGCCGACCGAGCAGUGCAGGCUGCGCUACAAGGUGGAUCUGGACCUCAGUGUUUUUGACAUUGCAUCCAACAUCAAUGAGACUCUGAGUGGAUCCAAUGUGACCAUCUUCUAUCACACCCAUUUGGGAUACUAUCCCUACUACUCAGAUAAUGGAGAUCCCGUUAAUGGAGGGGUGCCCCAGAACGAAAGUCUUAUCAAACACCUUAGCAAAGCAAAGUCUGACAUUGACUAUUGCAUACCCAUGAAGAAAUUUCAGGGACUUGCAGUCAUUGACUGGGAAAACUGGAGGCCCCAGUGGGAUAGGAACUGGGGCAAUAAAAGCAUUUAUAGAAAUAAAUCUCUCGAGAUUGUUAGGAGACGGCAUCCUCGGUGGCCAGAGGACAAAAUUAGGAAAGUGGCUAAAGAGGAAUUUGAAAAUGCUGGUAGGAGUUUCAUGAAUAACACCAUCCUUCUGGCUGAGCAUAUGAGACCAAAUGGUUUGUGGGGUUACUAUCUUUACCCAGACUGCUACAAUUAUGAUUACAAAGAACACCCCCAAACAUACACAGGGAAAUGCCCACCCAUUGAGUCUUUCCGCAAUGACCUCCUGCUUUGGUUGUGGAAGGAAAGCACUGCUCUCUACCCUUCCAUAUACCUGGAUUAUAUACUGAAGUCAAGUCCAAAUGCACUAAAAUUUGUUCACUAUCGGGUUAAAGAGGCAAUACGUGUUGCCUCAAUUGCUAGAAAAGACUACAUUUUGCCUGUAUUUGUUUACUCCAGACCAUUUUAUGCCUAUACUUUUCAUGUUUUAACAGAGAGAGAUCUGGUCAAUACCAUUGGGGAAAGCGCAGCUUUGGGAGCAGCUGGAGUUGUUCUCUGGGGCAGUAUGCAGUACGCCAGCUCAAAGGAGAGCUGCUUAACAGUGAAGCAGUACGUCGAUGGGCCUUUGGGACACUACGUCAUUAACGUGACCUCAGCAGCCAAGCUCUGCAGCAAAGUCCUGUGCAAGAAGAAUGGAAGAUGCAUCCGCAAAAACAGCGACUCUUCUGCUUACCUCCACUUGUCCCCCAGUGAUUUUAAGAUCCAUGACAGUCACUCAGAGAGGGGCCCCAGGUUCCAGGUGACUGGUAAACCCAGCCUGGAGAGUAUUGAAGCCAUGAAGCAGAGGUUUAUUUGUCAGUGUUACCAGGGCUGGACAGGAAUAUUUUGUGAAUUGCCUGACCAAAAGCUAUUGGAACACUGGGUUCAUUUAGUGUUUAGUAGAUCAAGAAAACAAAGCCUUUUUAUCUUCCUCCUAGGAGCCAUGCAGCUUCUUCUGCUUUGUUCUACACAUUAA